AAUCAUCCUAUUAAGUAUUAGGAGGCGUUUGGGGUGGGGGUAACCAAAAAAAUGAUUAUCUACUCAUUUGCCCUCUUUCAAUUUGGUGAAUACAUCAUCAUGAGUCAUGACAACACAUAAAUAAAAAGUAGUGAUUUGAGAAGCAGAGGAGCAUUGAGAGUUUGAAGAAGGUUGAAGAAAAGAAUAUGAAGAUGAGUCCUCCAAUCUUGCUGGUGUAUUCAGUGUUUCUUCUUCAGUGUCUCGAAGCAACAGAAGGGCAGCUCCAUCUCCGAUCAAGAAGCGAAGAUUCGGGAAUGAAAAGGCAUGAUGAGAUAGAAGCCGAGCUGAAGGUGUUCUUCCAUUACAAGGACCUGAAAGCCGGCAAUAAAAUGGCAAUCUACUUCCCCAGAAAACAGGCUUCCCAUCUCCUCUCUCGAGACGAAUCCGACGCCAUCCCUUUCUCCUCGUCUCGCCUGCCUUCCAUCCUCCAGCUCCUCUCCUUCUCCGAGGGAUCCAAACAGGCCAACGCCAUGAGAGACACGCUCCACCACUGCGAGUUCCCUCCAAUCAAAGGCGAGGCCAAAUUCUGCGCCACGUCUCUCGAGUCUAUGCUGGAUUCCCUCCAUCAGAUCUUGGGUUCCAGCUCCAAACUCAGAGUCCUCACCACCACUUACCUUUCCAACCCAAUACGGCUUCUCCAGAACUACACUGUAUCUGAAGCUCCAAUGGAGAUAUCAGCUCCGAAGAUUGUGGGGUGCCACACUCUGCCUUAUCCGUAUGCAGUUUUCUACUGUCACGGCCAAGAAAGCGAUAACAAGCUGUACAAGGUUAUGCUGGAAGGGGACGAUGGAGGGAGGGUGGACGCAGCUGCUAUGUGCCACAUGGAUACCUCACAAUGGGAUCCUACUCACAACGCCUUCCGUGCUCUCAGAAGCCUCCCCGGUGCUUCGCCUGUCUGCCAUUUCUUCCCCGCCGACAACCUUGUUUGGAUUCCGCUUACCUAGCUGCAAUAAUCAUCUCUUUUGUAAGAGUGUGUUAAGUCCUACUAUACCAGAUAAUUCAGUAUGGAUGCUAUACCAACAGAUAAUUCCUAUUUCUCUGUCCAACAAUAUACUACUACUUGUUUUCUGAUCCA